GUAAAACAUUUUCACAGUAGAGUAUUGAUUUUUAAUAGCAUCAUUCUGUACAGUACAUACUGUUCUGAUUCGUAUUGUUUUUUCUCGAAAAAAUUACAAGUUGGCAUUUUGUUGAUAAGAAAAUUAAUUUAACAUCGUCAACGAUUCUAACAAUUUCACGAUGAGUGACAUAAAGGCAUUCUUUCAUGAAUGGUGCAGCAGAUCGAAAUUGGAGCCGAUUUUCGAAACAAGACCAACUGGUCCAAAGCAUCGUUUGCGUUUCUUGUGUGAGGUUCGUGUAAAUGGUGUGGCAUAUGUUGGUGCUGGUAAUUCAACCAAUAAAAAGGAUGCCGAAAAAAAUGCGGCUCGGGAUUUUAUCAAUUUUUUGGUUCGCACUGGACGAAUCGACUCAAGCGAAAUACCAGCCAAUGCAAUUGAACAAGGUGGUGCAUUGCCCACUCCAAUCAUACAAGCGGAAACUGUACCCGUUUUUCAGUCUGGCGAAGGGCCUGAAGAUGUUGGUCAAGCAUAUCGUCGAAUAAACAAUACUGGGCCACAAAAAUUUGUCGACCGUGCUCAGCAACAAGCUCAACAACAACAGAAAAUGGAAGAGGCCGAAUCAUUGGAUGUGAACGCUUCGAUUCAUGGCAAUUGGACGCUUGACAAUGCUAAAGCAAAACUCAAUCAAUUCACGCAAAUGCACAAAAUUCAAACCGAUUACAAAUAUGCGGCUGUUGGUCCCGAUCAUGCUAGAAGUUACAUGGCUGAAAUGAAAUUCUUUGUGAAACAAUUGAAUCGAACCAUUACCGGCCGAGAAACCGGCUCUAACAAACAAUCAGCCAGCCGAUCAUGUGCUCUGUCAUUGGUACGUCAGUUAUUCCAUUUGGGCGUCAUCGAACCAUUCUCUGGUACUAUUAAACCAAAAUCAAAUGAAGAUCAGAUACCAUCAUAUCCAGUGGCAAUAGCACCAGACAUGGUAUCAAGGCUAGAGGAUUGCUUACAACAACUGAAUAUUGUACCCGUUGACUUGCGAAACGGUCCCACGAAUGACAACAAGGAAAUCAACCUAUUGCUACCAUCCGAAGAAAUGAAACCGGACCCAAAUCGUGUACCACAAAUGUCAUCGGUAAUUUCUUGGUCGCCACCACAGCAAAAUUGGAAUCCAUGGACUGCAUGCAACAUUGAUGAAGGAUACUUGGCUACAGCGACUUUAGAUCAAUUGAGCGAUGAUUUAAUGACAGAAUACCGUGAUCGUCUUCAAAAUGAUAAUAUUCUAGGAGACAUGAUCGAAUUUCGACGUAAACUUCCAGUGUAUGAGCGUCGAAAUGAAAUUAUGGAAUUGGUAAACGAAUAUUCCGUUAUAAUAAUUCGUGGAAAUACUGGUUGUGGAAAAACCACACAAAUCGCUCAGUUCAUUUUGGAAGACUACAUCAAUAGUGGCCAAGGUGCGUACUGUAACAUUGCUGUUACACAACCGCGACGAAUCAGUGCAAUCAGUGUGGCUGAACGUAUUGCAAAUGAACGUAAUGAGCCAAUUAGCGAAUCGGUUGGUUAUUCGGUGAGAUUUGAAACGAUGUUACCACGUCCACACGGUUCGAUUAUGUUCUGUACGAUUGGUGUGCUGUUGCGCAAACUCGAAUCGGGACUGCGUGGCGUUUCACAUGUUAUUGUCGAUGAAAUUCACGAACGUGAUGUGAACAGUGACUUUUUGCUUGUCGUUUUACGUGACAUGAUUCACACAUAUCCCGAUCUUCGUGUCAUUUUGAUGUCGGCCACCAUUGAUACAUCGUUAUUUUCGUCAUAUUUUGGCAACUGUCCAGUUAUUGAAAUUGAAGGCCGUGCUCAUCCAGUCAAGCAAUAUUAUUUGGAAGACUGUAUUGAGAUGACACAAUUUGUUCCAUCGCCCGAAAGUCGAAAACGUAAACGUGACGAAGAAUCUGAAAUGGGCUUGCCGUCGUCCAAUGACAGCGAAGAAAAUCUAAACAAAUGCGUCAGAGGCAAUUAUUCACAACAAACAAUACAAACAAUGGCACAACUCUCUGAAUCCGAAGUUAGUUUCGAAUUGAUUGAAUCAUUAUUGAUGUACAUUAAAAAUCAAAAUGUUCCCGGUGCUGUUCUUGUCUUUUUACCCGGAUGGAAUCUUAUUUUUGCUCUAAUGAAACAUUUGCAAAAUAGCAAAGAAUUUUCGGGAUCAAAUUAUGUGAUUUUGCCAUGCCAUUCACAAGUGCCGCGUGAAGAUCAACGCAAAGUAUUUGCACCAGUUCCGCCGGGCGUAAGAAAAAUCAUUCUUUCAACCAAUAUUGCUGAAACAUCAAUAACAAUCGAUGACAUUGUCUAUGUUAUUGAUAUUUGUAAGGCACGAAUCAAGCUCUUCACAUCUCACAAUAAUAUGACAAGCUAUGCGACUGUAUGGGCGAGCAAAACGAAUUUGGAGCAAAGAAAAGGUCGCGCUGGUCGUGUUAGACCAGGUAUUUGUUUCACACUGUGCUCAAAAGCACGCUUCGAGAAGUUGGAAGAGCAUUUGACACCCGAAAUGUUCCGAACACCGUUGCAUGAAUUGGCCCUGAGCAUCAAGUUGUUGAGAUUGGGCGAAAUUGAAAAAUUCUUAUCGAAAGCCAUUGAACCACCGCCACUGGAUGCUGUCAUUGAAGCCGAAGUUGUGCUGCGCGAACUGAAAUGUUUAGAUGCACAAGACAAUUUAACACCGCUUGGUCGAAUUUUGGCACGUUUGCCAAUCGAACCACGCUUGGGAAAGAUGAUGGUUCUCGGAUGUGUGUUUGGUGUUGGCGACACAUUGGCAUCGUUGGCUGCCUAUUCAAGUACAUUUUCGGAAAUUUUCACAUUGGAAUUGGGUCAGCGUCGAUUGAGCAAUCAUCAAAAGGCAUUGGGCGGUCGCCGUUACUCCGAUCAUGUUGCAAUGAUGGUUGCAUUUGAUUUGUGGCAAAAUGCACGUUAUAAAGGCGAUGAAGAAGAGAUUCGUUUUUGCGAAUGGAAAGGUUUACAAUUGCCAACGAUGCGUGUUAUAUACGAAGCAAAACGCCAGUUAAUUGAUUUACUGCUGCAAACAGGUUUUCCCGAGGAUUGUUUGAUAAAAAUGCGCAUCGAUCAAAACAAUCCAGAUCCAACAUUGGACUUAGCCGUUGGCAUAUUAUGCACAGGACUUUAUCCAAAUGUUUGCUAUCACAAAGAAAAGCGUAAAGUUCUUACCACUGAAUCAAAAGCGGCUCUUAUUCACAAAACAUCGGUAAAUUGUAGCAAUUUACAGGUAAAAUUUCCAUAUCCGUUUUUCAUUUUUGGUGAAAAGAUUCGAACACGGGCGGUCUCAUGUAAACAAAUGACCAUGGUUGCUCCACUACAUUUGCUACUGUUUGCAUCUCGUAAAGUUGAUGCGAUUGAUGAAAAAACAGUUCGAUUGGAUAAUUGGAUAAAUUUUGAAAUGGAUACGUAUCAUGCGUCAUUGAUUGCAGCACUUCGACCGGCCAUUGAGAGUCUUAUUAUAUCAACAUCUGAAUCACCCGACGAAGUGUUGAAUCUUGAGCCAAGUCUGGCAAAUCUAGUGUCGGUUGUUAAGGAUUUAUGUGUUGUGGAUGCGGGCGAUUAUGAGAUAACACGCGAAACGGGAACAACACCACAGGAUGGCAGAGCUGGCAUGCCAAGACUAUUUGGCUCAGGCGGCGUUGGUAGCUCAUUUGGUGGCAAUGGCAGUGGUGCCAAGCGACCAUAUAGCGGUGGUGGUUUUAAUCAAGGUGGCGGUGGACACAAUGGAGGUGGUGGAGGCUUCAAUCGUGGUGGAGGCUUCAAUCGUGGUGGUGGUGGUGGUUUCAAUCGAAAUCGAGGCGGAUAUGGAAAUCGCCGCUUUUAAAUUAGAAUAAGAUGGUUUUGCAAUUAGAAAAUUAUACUAUUCAAUGAUAUCGGCAUUUCUUAAGCCAAAAACUUUUUUAUUCUCGAAAAAUAAUAAUAAUAAUAAUUUUAUUCAUUUGAGUGUUCGAAAUAAUUCGUAUUCCAUACAAAAAUUGAUGUUCUGAAUAAAAUACGUACAGUGCACUAAUAUAA